AUGUCCAACUACGGGUACGACCCUCGGGGAGCUCCCCAACGACCACCGCAACGAGGCUACGACGACAACAAUUACGGUCAGCGAGAUGCCGCCUUCUCCAAUAUUUUCGGCGCGGCCCCCCCUCCCGGCCGAUCUCAAACUAUGACUUCUUCGUCCUCCAUGCCUCAGUCCAUGAUGGAUCCGGGUCGCACUCAAACUAUGUCCUCCAUGUCUUCCGGCAUGCAGAGGCAGCCACCGCCUCGUGCCCCCCCGGGCCACUACGGCGAUCCGGGCGCUGGCAGGACCCGAACAAUGGACAGUAACAGCAUGAUGGGAAACGGUUACUAUCCUAGUCAACGCUCUGCAUCAGGCGGCCAGCAGAUGCCGGCUCAUUACAUGCAGCAGCAACAACAACAUCAUCCUCAGCAGCAGGCAAGGCGUCCCUACCCAGGCCCUGGAGGGCCUCCACCUCCGCGAAUGGAGCAGAGAGGACCGCCGCCACAACAAGCUCCUGGUCCGAGGACACCAGCUCAACGCUUUUAUCAAGGAGGACCAGCACCAGGGCCUGCUAUGAACAACGACCCUUAUCGUUCACAGUCACUUGCUUCUACUCCUCGCCAGCCACUGUACCAUCCUCCCCCAAGCGCCUAUCAGCAGGCCCCCGCAAACCAUCUGCGACAAGCACCAUAUGCGCCGCAGAACUCGUCGAGAACGACUGCCCAAGGGCGGGUCGUGCCAGAGCGUCAUGAGGACCGUACCAUGUCAUUGACAGGCAAUUAUCAACCCCAGAGCAUGGACUCUCAUCAGACCAUGAGCGGUCGAGUCAUUCCUAAUCGGCGAGCACCUGCAGAGUUGCCCAACACUAACGGCUACCCUAAUUCAUUGCCUCACGCACCAGGAGCACAAACCCGAACGUCUAGCAUGGUUUCGUCCAAUGGUGGUGGCGAUCACAGUAGGACAAUGUCCAUGGCCUCUACCGUGGCGCCAACCAUCGCUCCCUCCGAUUCUGAUGCCUCUACUUUGGCUCAGCGACCUACCAGGAGCAAGUCGAUCGAGAGCGAACGACCGCCAACCGCGACUAAGAUUCGACCACCCCUCGUAUACCCAGCCCUCCUGUCUCGCGUGGGAGAGUGCUUCCGUCGAAAGAUAAUUGUUGGCGACCGCACCAAGAACGAAUUGACAUACAAGAAUGCUUUUAGCGGUUCUGAGGCCGUCGAUGUCCUGUCGUACAUUAUCAGAACAACUGAUCGUAACCUUGCCUUACUUCUUGGACGAGCUUUGGAUGCGCAGAAGUUCUUCCACGAUGUUACUUACGAGCAUCGCUUACGAGACUCCCAGUCGGAGAUGUAUCAAUUCAGAGAAACAUUGAUGGACGAGCCAGAAGAGAGGCCUGCAGUCAACGGUGUUUUUGUCCUGCUUUCUGAAUGUUAUUCGCCAACCUGUACCAGGGAUCAACUUUGUUACUCUAUUGCCUGUCCCCGACGACUAGAGCAAGUCUCUAGACUCAACCUCAAGAUUAACCCAGGUUUACGAAAAGAGGACGCAGUCAAUGCCGUCGACGACGAAGUCGAUCAGACAGACGAACAAAAGCUCUGGAUCAACUCCGUUCCCAAAGAAGUUGCCGAGAAGGUCGGAGAUCGCGAGAAGAAGAGACAGGAGGUCAUUUCGGAGAUAUGCUAUACCGAGCGAGAUUUUGUCAAAGAUUUGGAAUAUCUUCGAGACUUUUGGAUUUUGCCUUUGCGGUCAAAGGCUUCUCCCGUGCCUGUUCAGCGUCGCGAGAAGGUUGUCAAAACGAUAUUCAGCAACAUUAUCGACCACCCCAGCAUUCAUACCGUCAGCUCCCAGUUUGCCGCUAGCAUAACAACCCGACAACAGAAGGAACCCAUUGUCCACAACAUCGGUGAUAUCUUCCUACAAUACGUCCCUCAGUUUGAGCCGUUCAUCCUUUACGGUUCGAAGCAACUGGAAGGAAAGUUUGAGUUCGAGAACGAAAGAUCGAUUAACCCAUACUUCGGCAAAUUCGUGGAUGAGAUUGAAAGGCGCAAGGAGUCAAGAAAGCUGGAGUUGAACGGUUAUUUGACUAAGCCAACAACCCGUCUGGCCCGUUAUCCCCUGCUGCUAGAGAACGUUUUGAAGUAUACGGAUGAUGAGAACCCCGAUAAGGAGGAUAUUCCCAAGGUUCUGGUCAUGAUUCGAGAUAUUCUGGGUAGAGUCAACGCAGAGUCUGGAAAGGCCGAGAACCGAUUUAACCUCAGGAGACUUCAUGAGCAGCUUCGGUUCAGACCUAAUGAGAGGGUAGAUCUUCGACUUACUGAGGAAGGUCGUGAGAUGGUCUUCAAGUGCUUGUUCAAGAAGUCGCCUACCGAUCCUGCAGAAAUCACUGCAUUCCUCUUUGAUCACGCGGUUCUUCUCGUUCGUAUCAAGCAAACUGGCAAGGCCGAGGAAAUUAAGGCAUACCGUCGGCCCAUUCCUCUGGAACUUCUUGCAAUUAGAGAGAUGGAUGAGCUCAUUCCCAAGGAUGGCAACAUGAAGAGAACCUCGUCAAGCUUGAUUCCUUCGAUUCGCGCCACUACCAAUGAUCCAGCAAGAAAGGAAGGCUGGCCGAUCACCUUCCGCCAUCUUGGUAAAGCGGGUUAUGAGCUGACACUUUAUGCAUCGAAUCAGGCGGCACGCCAAAAGUGGCUCGAAUUCAUCCACACCGCACAGGAGCGUCUUCGAUCCAGAGCCGACUUCUUCAACACGACUGUCAUCUCUAGCCACUUCUUUGCUGGCACCAACCGUGUCAACUGUGUUACGCCAUUCGAUGGUGGUCGCAAACUCUUGUAUGGUACGGACAACGGUGUCUACCUGUCAGAUCGUAAGGUGAAGGAUCAAGUGCCUCGUCGUGUACUGGAAACCGCCAGUGUUACCCAGAUUGAUAUUCUAGAAGAGUACCAGCUACUCUUGGUCUUGUCCAACAAGACGCUGCAGUCUUAUCCCGUCUCAGCCCUGAACCCCGACGAACCCGCAUUGUCUAGAAGACCUAAGAAGAUCCAGAACCAUUGCACUUUCUUCAAAACAGGUAUCUGCUUGGGUAGGCAUCUGGUCUGUUGUGUCAAGUCAUCUGCACUGUCUACUACCAUCAAGGUCUUUGAACCUAAUGAUGCUAUGACUAAGAAUAAGAAGCAGAAGGGUAUUGGCAAGUUUAUCAGUGGCGGACACGAUGAACUUAAGCCGUUCAAGGAGUUUUACAUUCCCACCGAGUCGUCGUCUGUCCACUUCCUCAAGUCCAAACUUUGCGUUGCCUGCGCUCGAGGCUUCGAGGUUGUUUCCCUUGAAACUCUUGAGACGCAGUCACUGCUCGACCAGGCUGAUACGUCGCUCGACUUUGUGGCUCGCAAAGAAGGAGUCAGGCCGAUUCAUAUCGAACGGCUUAACGGAGAGUUCUUACUUAACUAUUCAGAAUUUUCUUUCUUCGUCAACCGCAAUGGCUGGAGGGCUCGGCCAGAAUGGCGAAUCGACUGGGAGGGUACACCACAGAGCUUUGCUCUCAGCUAUCCCUGGAUUCUUGCUUUUGAACCCAACUUCAUCGAGCUCCGCAAUAUGGAGAGCGGCGCUGUGCACAUUGUUCCCCGCAAGAACAUUCGCAUGCUUCAUAGCAGUACACAUGAGAUUCUAUUUGCACACGAAGACGAUAAGGGGGAUGAUGUUGUUGAAGCCAUUGACUUUUGGAAGAGCAACCGCAAGUCGGAGCUGCUCGGCUCAUAA